AUGGCACAUAAGAAUAAGUUUGCAGAGUCAACUAAUGGGUUUAAUUCAACCUAUUGUAAGGGAUUAGAAAGUGAAGAAAAAGAGUGUAAAAUGUAUAACGUAACUCUUACAAUCGAAAAUGAUAUCUGUGAAGACAAUUAUUUAAAUUUGAAUGCAUGUGCAGUAGCUGGUACCAUCGCAAUAGGAUGUGGCCGGUCACAACUUGAAGAAGUGUUGUCAGCUAUAAAUUUGCCUAGUUUCACUGAAAAUACAUACGACCACAAUCACAAGGUUAUUGGCAAACAUCGUCAUCUCAUUGAGGUGAAAUGUCCCAUUACAGCGCAUAGAAUCGGCAUAGACGAAGCUAUUAGGAAGAAAAAAAUAACCGUCUGGAAAAUAAAUAAGAAUGGUCAAUACCACAUUAACAAAAAUUGCUUCAUCCUUAAUGUUUUACUGUUAACGGUUAUAUUUUUUAAUAUUUUCUUAUGUUUAGCGCCGUCUGAUAGCAGUCUCCUCGUAGUAAUAGUAGAUACGAACCCAAACCAGCGAUAUAUAACAGAAGAUCCGAAAGUACUCACAAAUUGCCUCGAUGCUGUGAUAGCCUUUGCCAACUCGCAUUUGAUGCAGAAAACCAGGAAUCAAUUAGCUGUGAUCGGUUGUCAUUUUCAUAAAAGUGAAUACUUAUACCCAUCGCCUGGAAAGCCAUUGGAUGUGAGACAAAUCGAUGGACAAUAUGAGCUGUUCACUUUGGUUGAGAAAACUAUUAAAAUGAGGCUUGUGAAUCUAAUUAAGAGUCAGCCCCAAGAAGAGAGACCAGGAGAAUCUCUACUUGCUGGUGCUAUGGCAAUGGCUCUCUGUUGCAUCUCAAGGAUGCGACGGGAAGCACCACCAAGUUUACGACUUAGUAGUCGUAUUCUCGUUGUGACUGGUAGUUCAGACACAGCUGCACAGUAUAUUAAUUAUAUGAAUGUAUUUUUUACUGCACAGAAACAACAAGUGUUAAUUGAUGUCUGUUCUCUGGACAAACACUUGAGCUUACUCCAGCAAGGCUGUGACAUCACCGGUGGGCUUUAUUUGAAAGUGCCGUCUUUAGAAGGAUUACUGCAGUACUUGUUGUGGGUAUUCCUACCGGAAGCGUGGGAACGCAAGAUGCUGGUGCUACCGGGGCGAGGCCGGGUGGACUACCGCGCCGCCUGCUUCUGUCACAGAGAACUGCUCACUAUCGGAUAUGUGUGCUCCGUUUGUCUUAGCGUAUUUUGUAAAUUCAGUCCGAUUUGCACAACUUGUCAUACUGUUUUUAAAAUUGCCGGCCCCCUGCCCAUCAAACCCAAGAAGAAGAAAAUGAAAAUUUAGCUGUAAGAUUACAUAACGUUGUAUAUAUUUAAUUAGUUUUAUUGAAAUAAACUUCUUAAAAAAUA